AAGUGUUAUAUUAUCUCAGCUGAGACUGAGUUGAGGACUAGGAUGAUAAGGUUACACACGUCUCUCAUAAUAUAAGUAAACAUGAGGAGCAGGAGCAACUCUGGCGUAAGGCUUGACUACUAUCAUCGCAUAGUAUACCGGACUAUCCUAAGACAUCAAGAUGCGGUGACUGGACUCCUGCCGGCUAGCAAUGAAAACCACCAUGCUUGGGUUCGUGAUAACCUUUAUUCCAUAUUGGCUGUUUGGGGGUUAUCCAUGGCAUACAAAAAGAAUGCAGAUCUGGAUGAAGAUAGGGCUAAAACCUAUGAACUUGAACAGAGUUGCGUAAAGUUGAUGCGUGGGCUCCUGACGUGUAUGAUGCAGCAAAAGGACAAGGUUGAGAAAUUUAAGCAUACUCAAGCACCUAUUGAUUCUCUUCAUGCCAAGUAUUCGUCUAAGACUGGUCAAGCUGUAGUGAGGGAUAAUGAGUGGGGUCACUUGCAGAUUGAUGCUACAUCUUUAUUCUUACUUGUUUUAGCUCAAAUGACAGCUUCUGGGUUACAGAUUAUUUUCAACCUAGAUGAGGUUUCCUUCAUACAGAAUUUGGUCUUCUAUAUUGAGUCAGCAUACUGUAUCCCAGAUUAUGGGAUAUGGGAACGAGGAGACAAGACUAACCAUGGGCUACCAGAGUUGAAUGCCUCCAGUAUUGGCCUUGCCAAAGCUGCAUUGGAGGCUAUGAAUGAACUUGAUUUGUUUGGUGCUCGUGGUGGCCCAGCGAGCGUCAUCCAUGUUUUAGCUGACGAGGCUCAGAAGUGCCAAGCUGUGCUGCAGUCAAUGCUACCACGUGAGAGUACCAGCAAGGAGGUGGACAGCAGUCUUCUUGCUGUGGUCAGCUUUCCAGCAUUUGCUGUAGAUGACCCUUUGCUUAUUAAGACAACUAAAAUGACUAUACAGAACAAGUUACAAGGCCGUUAUGGAUGUAAGAGAUUCUUGAGGGAUGGUUAUAAGACUGCUAAAGAGGAUGGCAACCGGUUGUAUUACGAACCAUGGGAACUUAAGGUAUUUGAGAAGAUUGAAUGUGAGUGGCCGCUCUUCUUCUGCUACUUUAUCCUUGAUUAUUGUUUUCAAGGUGACGAUGAGGCUGUUAAGGAGUAUGCUGAAGCUCUUGAAGAGUUAUUGGUAACCACAGACGAUGGCUUAAGGCUUGUGCCAGAGAUCUACUCGGUGCCUGCUGAGAAGGUGGAUGCAGAGUACCUUGAGCCAGGGUCACAAGAUCGUGUAGCUGUAGGCAAAUUACCUUUUAUGUGGGCUCAAAGUCUUUACAUCAUGGGUAGACUCCUCCAAGAUAAGUUCUUGGCAUGUGGCGAGUUGGAUCCUCUUAAUCGUCGUCUGGGCUCUGAGAAGAAGCCAGAUGUGGUCGUGCAGGUGGUGGUAUUGGCUGAAGAUUCCAGCAUUCAGGCCAAGCUCCAGGCUCUUGAUAUUCAGGUGCAGACCAUUACUGAAGUGGCACCCAUUGAAGUUCAGCCAGCCAGAGUGUUGUCAAAGUUAUAUGCUCAUCUUGGCCGUAACCAGAAGCUUGGGCUUUCAGGACGUCAGAGCCGUGAUGUGGGUAUUCUCUCCACCAGUAAACUUUAUUCUCUUCAAGACAGAAUCUUUGCAUUUACUCCUCAGAGUGUGGACACAGAGGAGUGGUACGUCAUGCAUGAUGCAAACCUGCUAUGCUAUUAUUUGAAGUCGCAUAUGGCCUUCCUGAAGGAGACGUGGUUCAGCUCUAUGCUUGGCAGACCCACCAUUACUUUUCUUGUUCAGUCAUUUAUGUUAGAAGACGGAAAAAUUCCUCCUGCCAUGAUCUCAACGUUGAAGAAGCUAAAAAGUGGAUACAUAAAUGGUACAAGGGUAUCAUUGGGUAAGAUGCAAGAGUUCCUGAAUACAUCCUGUAUCACGAGCCUUAACUUCCUCAAUGAUACGGAGGGUGGAUUUCCUGACAGCCUCAAAGGAGAGGUAAAGGAGUAUCUAGAGAAACAGAUGAGGGGAUCUCUGACAUGGAGAAGGGCCGACCUUGUACGAAUGUCAAACAGGUUUAGUCAGAGAACCACCCGGGAUCCUGCUCGCCGUAAGAUCUCGGUAGCACUGAGAGGAACAAUUCGUAAAUCCCGCUCCUUGUUUGUAGAUGAUGACAAAGAUGUGGAAAAUUUCUGCGAGUGUCGGAAACUUCUGGAAAACCUUGCUGAUCAUCACUUUGGAGAGGCACCUCCAGUUGUGUCUCGUCGGGGAUCAGUUGCGACUUCUCCUACGGGAGAGUAUGGACCUCCUAUAUUGGAAGUGUCAAUUCCAGCCACACCAACACGUAUUACCCCUCCAUUAUCUUCUCGUUCACGAUCCCCAUCUCCAGAUAAAGAAGAUCUGUGGGAAUCCAUGGUUAGACACAGGCUGGCUUCAGACGCAGUUUACGAAAAUGUGGAUUUCGAGGAGUUACUACUGCAGAUGCGGGAGGCAGAAUCGCUGGAGGAACAGGGAGACAUCCUGCAUUAUCUGGUUGUGCAGUUUGGUCUGGGCCAUGAGACAGGUUCAGUGAUUGAAGGUCAGCCAGUGACGGUGAAGGACCUACUCAAGGACCUGUAUGAGCGUGCCUGCCACAUUAAACACUGGGCACUUGUUCGCCACACUGCUGGCAUGCUGGGUAAGCGUGUAGAAGACUUGGCAAAAGCUGUCACUGAUCUUUUAGUGCGACAGAAGCAAGUAACGGUUGGCUUACCACCACAAAAUGAAAUAACUAUCACUGCACCCCUUCCGUCAUCUGAUUUGAGAAUUCUGAUCCAUCAGGCAUAUGGAGCAGAUGAAUCUACUGCUAUGCUAACUCAAGAGUUAUUAGUGUAUUUGGCAAUGUUUAUCCGCACCGAGCCAAGCCUUUUCCAUGAGAUGCUGAGGUUACGUGUGGGUCUCAUCAUUCAGGUGAUGGCCUCCGAGUUAGCACGGACCAUCAAAUGUGCCGCAGAUGUGGCGUCUGACCAUUUACUUAACCUGUCUCCUUUUGAAAUGAAGAACCUUCUACAUCAUAUCAUGUCUGGAAAAGAAUUCAACAUUGGCUCAGUCAUACACAUUCGUGAAGGAUUGCUUGCAAAUGCUCGUAGCGGGACAUUCUUCAUCAGCAGCCGCUCAAGCAAGCUCGGCAAGGGAGGGUUGCAUGCUGAGAAGAAAAGCACAAUAGGUAGUUUCUUGGGUUCGACAACAGCAGAUGGAAAAUCGGAUGAUAUUGAGAACGAUCGACAUGGUCAGUGGCUGAGGCGUCGCAGGUUAGAUGGAGCUCUCAACCGUGUUCCACGCAACUUUUAUCCUCAAAUCUGGAAGAUCCUAGAGAAGUGUCAGGGAAUCAACAUAGAAGGCAAAGUAAUUCCACAGAGUCUUACUCAAGAGAUGACACCAGGUGAAUUGAAGUUUGCAUUAGAGGUUGAGACUGUUCUAAAUACCAUCCCACAGCCAGAAUAUAGACAACUAGUUGUUGAGGCUUUAAUGGUCCUUUCGCUCGUUCAAGAAUACCAUAAUACCGAAUCUCUUGGCGAUAUUGUAUCAGCACAAGACAUCGUGCAUGUGGCUAAUAACAUUUUCUUAUCAGAUCAGAAACAGCAAGAUGGUGAUGCAACAUUAUGCUGUGCUCGGGAUAAACGAGAGCCUGGUGUGGGAGGUGGACUGUCGUGUGGUGGUGCUGCGUACAUCUGUCUACAUUUCUAUGAUAGUGCUCCCUCAGGAAGCUAUGGAACUAUGUCCUAUAUGAUCAGAGCAGUUGUUUCUACUCUAACAUGUUUCCCACAAGACGGAGACUUGGACUGCACUGUCAGUUGAACAGUAAAAUAUGUUAGUAGCACAAAUGCAGUCUUGAUAAAGUUAUAAAAGUAUAUUGCACUUAGUAAAGCUAUCCCAUAUAUGUAGACGAUGAGUCACAAUAACAUGACUGAAGUAUAUUGACCAGACCACACACUAGAAGGUGAAAGGACGACGACGUUUCGAUCC